UCGAUAUUAUGUACAGCUUAUGUAGAAACGAUGAAAGCGAGAUGCGGCAGCAUCUCGCGCCAGGUACAUCUUUAAUCUUUCUGCCGUAGAUGAGCUGUAUUGAGUGACAAGACGUCUUGACUUACGAUGAGCACGCGAGUAAACUGAUCCAUAAAAGGAGCAAGUCCGCGAGUUUUUUUAAAUAAGUUCAGAUCUGCAUUUAAAAGAGUUCAGUUCGCUGAGCGACUACUCUGAAGUAUAUAUUCGCAUAGAAACUAUUUUGUGAAAAUAAUAUAGUGAGUGCCACAAUACAAAAAUCAAUAGAGCGAAUACAGUAACAUAAAACGAAGCAAGCAAAUAUGAUACAGAGCGUUUCGACUUGCAUUCGACUCGAGAUCGCGCAUUCUCCAAAGGCGCUAAAAUAGAGAUUCUGGUCUCCCGAAGAGAGAUCAUUUUUUAUUCCGCUUUUACAAUAUUUUUUCCCGCAUCACUGAUUUUCUCAAAAUAUUUGACCUCUCGCAACUUGAGAUCAAAUUACUUUCGCCACUCCGCUUACUGCUUACCGCCCGCCCAACCCUUGUGUCUACAUUUUUCUACUUGGUAGAAUAUAGAAUGGCUGAACUUUUCACGAAUAUACUUGAGAACACGAUUGUAGGGAAUAAUUAUGAAUGUGUUCAAAAAUAUCAACAAGGUGAUUAAUUAUUCUUUGCUGAUCGCGUGGAGCCUUGAUGUUUAAGCAUGCCUAAAUAUUUUUAACGAGUUAAUUAAAUAUGCACAAUCUAAUGAGAGGGACUCUAUUAUAUGUAAAUAAGAGUUACAUAUGAGUAACAAAUAUAUUCGGCUCGUUUGAAAAUUCCACAUGGAAUAUGGGAUCUGGAGUCUUCACGUUGCGGAACUUUGGGGUGACCCGCGUCUCGCCCGAAGGCACCCCCCGAUUCUGCCUCCCGGCGCGACGCAGAUCCUGCCAAGGGCCGCGUUCGCCCUGAGCGCCCUUCAUCGGCCCGAUAUGCUGCCGCUACCGUUGACGGCGGCGGGGCCGCCCUACGUCCCUAUGGAGCUGGUCACGAAACCAGCGUCGGUCGCGUCCACCAAUGCCGAGAACACCGAUGACACCGAGAACAAUACGAACGCUGAAGAUGAAGACGCUCAACAACGCGACGACAACGAAAGCAACAUCGAAAAGCCUGAUCAAAAUGAUAGUCAGACUUGCGUGCCAAACGAAAGCAACGACAACGAAGACCCCGGUGAUGAAAGCGAUACUGGUAGCACCAACAGUUCACAUCGAUCAGCUAACAACAAUCUGUCAAUCGCGAAGCUACCCGAUCCGAUGUCGUGCUUGGCUCUUGACAAGGAAGGAGCGGUGACGCCAGUUCUGAAUGGUUGGGUGCUGGGUGCCUACACGGCGAUGCUGGGUAGGCUCUCAGCCGCCACUGCGGCAUUAGAAGCGACGGAAGUUCCCAAUAUUCCUUCCGACAGUGAUUCCGAGAGCGAGCACUCGUCCUACACCGAACAAUCGAGAGGCAGCAGCCCAAACGUGAGCAACGCUCAUCGCGGCUACUCGUGCGGCUCCUGCGACGUGGUGGCGCCGACAAGACCGGCUCUGAGGAAGCACAUAGCCGAUUGCCAUCCGGCACUGUCCAGUACGGAGACCAGCGAGACGAAGAAGUGUCCACUGGGUUGCGACUUCACGACGAACAGCAGGUGUGAGAUGGAGACCCACAUGGCAGCGCACGUAGCCCAGGGAAUGACGCCGACGGGGAAAAAACGGUCGCUGGCCUUGCAACGCGUCAGGUAUAGAUACGAGAGGGAAGAAUAUCGCUGUUCGCUGUGCUCGUACGCAUGCACGAUCGAGAAGGCGUUCCAAAGACACCUGCGAGCCCACGCGAGGGGCAGCGCGCCGGAGACUAGGGUGAGCUGUGCCGUUUGCGGCGCCGACCGAUCCUCCGAGGUCGAUCUCAGCAGGCAUAUGCGAAGGCAUCGCGACGACCGAUACUUUUGCUGCGACAUUUGCAUCUUUCGCACGGUGCAACUGAAAAAGCUGAUCCAACAUCGGCGCAUGCACACGGGCGAAAAGCCGCAUCUGUGUCCGCACUGUGCCUACCGAAGCGCGCGUCGCGACAACCUGCGCAGCCACGUACGGCGAGUGCACAAGAAAGAAAAUCUCUAUUGCGACACGUUCAGUCCGCGUGGCAUGCUGAUAACACCCUCCCUGCUGGCCACCUCGAGGGAUACCACCGGCACCGACCUGGUGCAGAGCCCGGCGUCCUCGCCGUCCUCGAAUCCAGACACGACCAACUAGCGAAAACGCUCCCGGGAAACGAAAAGAGGAACACCAGCCCUGGGAAAUUCACGGGAGAAAGAAUCUGGGAUCCAUGGGUCCUCCAUACGUCCUCAUUUUGUCAAUACUGCGAUCUAGAUAUUAGAAUUUACGUGGAAAGGCUUGUACAUGUGCUGAACUUGGUAGACAGUCGAAGGAGAGUCGCAAUAAGGCGGGAAGUAAAGGCGAUUUCGACGCGAGUCGAGAACUAUUCGCAAUUUUACAAAGAGAGUAAUAGCAUAAAGCAGAGCUGAGAUUUAGUUGUAAUUAGUUGGUUGAUUUUUUAAGGAGACAUCCAUUGCCUUUCGCGGUGGACGUCUACUUCGAAAAUCGACUGGAAAUCACAGUUGAAUCUCAGCUCUGCCACAGAAUCGGCCGACAGAAGCAAUCAAAUCUUAGUUUUGCUGUAAAUUAAGAGAUAAAUAUAACUUGAAAAAUUGGCACUGGCAAUUGGCAACUUGCAAAAUUGACAGAUCGGGAAAGGCGUGAAUGUCGGAUGUGCUGUUCUCCAAAUCAGCAUCGGCAAGGCUUGCCUUUUAGACGCUAGGGAACGUAUAGGCAAUUGCAUGCAAAUGUCGAUAAUUUAAUGUAACCUUUGAAUUCUAAUGAGAUCUUGUAUUAAAUAUGUAAACGUCCAAGUGUUACAUUGCGCAGUCGAUUCGAUCGAGUAUGACGAUCGGCUGCGUUCGCCCGUUUCGUCAGUAAACGACGAGCGGGAAGAGAAAGCUGCAAGAUGGUGCUAGAAUCGUAGACUGGAUCACGGAGAAAGACUGAAAGUAGAAACGAAUUCACGGCGCGACGUGACGUCCAUCUCUUUUACGCUCUUCCGCACUGACCGCCGUGACUAAAAAAAAAAAGAGAAAAAAAAAAAGAGGAAAUUACAAUUCAGCGAAGUUUAAGACUGCAACUCUGUUCCGGGGAUUCUCGUGUUAGACGCCGUGAC